AUGAGGCUGAUUCUGCUGGGCUGCUUAGCGGCCUGCUUCAUCGCUAAAUGGGCAGCUGUGUGCAAGAAGAUAAACGACUUGAUCAGCAUCGGACACCUGAAGUUGUGCGAAAUAGAUACGAAGACAGACGAUGCCCAAGAGUGUGUCAUGGAGAAUGAGUUCGGGAAGGCAUUUAUAUUUAUCUGCAACUCAAGUGAAUAUAAUGAUUACAAAUCAAGUAUAAUCCCAGCAAUGUGUGCCCAUAAGACCUUCAUAAAUCAAAGUGAUCCCAGUGAAUCCUCCGCAGAUAGUGUUACCUACGAAUUGUUUCAAAAUUUAAUGGGUACUAACGACUCCACUUUUCAAGGGUACUUCCUAUUUUUUAGCACCCCCUAUUCGAACAAAGACAUAGAUCUGAGUUGCUUAUGUUACGGAGGGAUGCAAGAAAAAAUUAAACAUGUGAUGAAAUUGGUGUUUAAAAAAACGAAGAAAAAAAUAAAAGGUUGUGAUUUUGGCUAUAAUAUCUUAUCAAGAAGAGACUUAACAAAUAACAUUAACUUGAAUAAAAAUGCUGCUUGUGUGAUUCAUGCUUACCCAGGGGAUGUAAUCGGAAUUAAUUGUUACAAGAAGGAGAGUAACGAUUCGUACAAUGAAAACUUAGAACUAGUGCCCAACAACUGCUUCCAUAGUGUUCACUAUGGAAAUGAUAUCAUUUUGUCUACGAACAAUUUGAUCCCGAAAUCGAGAGUCAUUCCAGAUUCAACAGCAGAUGUGAAAUUAUCCCAAAUGCAUUCCUACAUGUCUUAUAUGAUCCUACCCCAAGACAUGACCCUGACAGGGAAAAUCAGCUGCUACUGCAAACGGGGGGAACAUGUGGGAUCCAUGUUCAUUUAUUUGAAGACUAUAAAUAAUUUGCUAUUUGACUUCAACAAUGGGAUCGAUCGAAUUAUCCAAGGAGGAAAUUUCGAUGAAGAUUCAGGUGAGGAGUGGGAUGGACGAGGAAAAAACGCGGGGGAACAGUCCAACCAGGGGAAAAGCCAAAGUGAAGUCAACAAAGAUGGGAAGCAAGAAAAGGACAGGGAGGAAUAUAUUCACAAUCAUUAUAAUAAUACGAAUAGUAUUUAUUACAACUCGGGGAUGAGCCAUCCCAGUAGGGGACACGACCAUCAAAGACACAGUCGCCACCGAAACGAGGGAAAAGAAUCGACUGUAAGCGAAUGGCGUAUAAGCGAAUGGACCAACGGAAGGAGCACUUACAGCUAUAGUAGUGAUAAAAACAUUAGCCGUGAACAUUUUGGAGACAACUCAUUUGACGAAAACAAUUACGAUGCUUAUGACAUGGGCAUGAGUGACGGAUUCAGUAAGGGCACGCAACGACGGAAGAGGAGGACCUUUUGGCAAAACCUCUUUGGGUUGUCUUCUUCUUCCCAGUUUUCCUCCUUUAAUUCGUUGAUACUUUCCUUUUUGGCGCUCAUCUACGCGUGUUAUUCGUCCCUGUAG